AUGAAUUUCCUCCAAGAUGUCCGCAAGCGACUACCCACAGCGCAAAAGCUGCCUUCAUACGACGACCUGUCCAAAAGCGCAGAGAAGAUGACCCCGAGGUUAGCCUUCUUCCGCCGACGCAUACGCCUGAGAGAGAACUCGCGCAUCUCAAUACCGCUGGGCCUGGUUUUGCUUUUCCCUUGCUUGAUUGUAAUAUUAAUACUGCUUCUCUUCGUGCGACACCCUACCGAAGCCGGUAGGAUACUCAUGCCCGCUGGGGCUCCUCCCUCCAUCAGGAAAAUCAGCGAAAAACACGACAAGGUCUUCGUCACAGGCUGUCAAGACCCAGCCCUCGAGAUCGACCAACCACGCGCCAACGCCGCUUUCGUCGUCCUCGCCCGCAACAAGGAACUCGAAGGUGUGCUGCAAUCGCUCAAGUCGGUCGAGAGACACUUCAACAGAUGGUUCCACUACCCGUACGUCUUCCUGAACGACGGCGACUUCAAUUCGACCUUCAAAGACGAGGUCCGUAAGCACGUCAGCUCCAACGUCGAGUUCGGCAAAAUCGAUUCCAGCAUGUGGGGCUUCCCCGACUGGGUUGACCACAACGUGGCCAAGGAGGGCAUCAGAAAACAGGGUGAUGCUGCCAUCAUGUACGGUGGUAUGGAGAGUUACCAUCAUAUGUGUAGAUUCUACUCCGGUUUCUUCUACAAGCAUGAGCUUCUCCAGAAGUACGAUUGGUACUGGCGUGUUGAGCCCGAGAUCAAAUACUUCUGCGAUAUUACCUACGAUCCUUUCAUCCACAUGGAGCGUAACAACAAGACUUAUGGAUUCACGAUUGCAGUCAAGGAACUCAAGGAGACAGUGCCCAAUAUCUUCAGAUACGCCUCGGCUUACAAGCGAGUCAACAACAUUACCUCGACUAACCUCUGGGACAUGUUCCUCGAGCCCAAGCCGGAGAAGCCAGCGGACGAACUGCCCAAGGACGACCCCAAGUACAAGAAGCCUCUUCCCGAAGAUAUCCUUCGUACCGAACCUGGCGCAGGCACUAUUCCAGACGUAGAUCCCGAGUCCAUGGAGGGUGAGACGUACAACAUGUGCCAUUACUGGAGUAACUUUGAGAUCGCCCGACUCGACUGGUUCAGAAGCAAGGAGUACGAAGACUUCUUCCAGAUGAUGGACCGCAGUGGAGGCUUCUGGAUGGAGAGAUGGGGUGAUGCCCCCAUUCACUCGCUCGCAGCAGGUGUCCUCCUGAAUGUCUCUCAGGUUCACUACUUCCGCGAUAUCGGUUACCGACACACAACCAUCGCCCAUUGUCCUGCGAAUGCAAAGGCUCGUCAGCAGCCCCGCCCACCUUAUCUUGAGACGACAACAACAGACGAGAAGAAGAGGAUCGAGGAAGAUGCAUACUGGGAGGAGUGGGAUGAACCCAAGGAAAAUGGCGUCGGCUGCAGAUGCAGAUGUGACCCCGAAGUUCCAGAGGUCGAGCUCAAAGAAGGCAGCUGUCUGCCCAACUGGGUAGAUGUAGCGGGAGGUUGGAUCACUCCAGGGCCGCCGGCAUGA